AUGUUCGCCCAGGCGGCGGCGGCGGCGGCGCGGGGCAGGGCGAGGCGGGCCCAGGCCCCCGGCCGGCAGCCGGGCCGCGGCCGCAUGGAGCCGGCGCUGCCUUGCAAGCGGAGCGCCGGCCUGCGCCUGCCCGCCCUGCCCGUCGGAGGAGCCGGGGCUGGAGGAGGAGGAGGAGGAGGCGGAGGCGGAGGCUUCCCCCUCUUGCAGCCGGGGGACCUGGCCGCCCCCGACCCGGCGGCCGCCCCCUUCGGGCCCGAGCACGUGGCGGCGGCGGCGGGGCUGCAGCUGGGCGCCGACGGCCCGUUCGCCUCGCCCCUGGGCCGGGAGCGCCCCGAGCCGCCCAUGUUCAUCUCCUCGGCCGGCACCUACGGGGCGGGCGGCGAGGCCCCGGCCGCCCUCUUCCCGCCCCUGCCCCAGCCCCCCUCGCCGCUCAACGGGCAGAUGCGCCUGGGGCUGGCCGUCGCGGCGGCGGCGGCGGCCGAGCUCUACGGGCGCGGGGAGCCCUUCCGACCGGGCUCGGCCGCCCCGGAGGCGCCCUUCGGCCCCGCGCCGCCCGCCUACCUGGCCGCCGUCCUGCAGCAGCAGCAGCAGCGGCGGCGGGAGGGGGGGUCCCCGCAGCCCCCCCGGGCCCCGGGCCCGCCCCACGCCGCCGCCGCCGCCUUCCUGCGCUACCUGCGGCAGCCCGUCAAGCAGGAGCUGAUCUGCAAGUGGCGCGAGGCCGGCGGGCCGGGGGGAGGAGGGCCGCCGCUGCCCCCCUGCGCCAAGACCUACGGCACCAUGCCCGAGCUGGUGGGCCACGUCACGGUGGAGCACGUCGGGGGCCCCGAGCAGAGCAGCCACGUGUGCUUCUGGGAGGAGUGCCCCCGCCAGGGGAAGCCCUUCAAGGCCAAGUACAAGCUCAUCAACCACAUCCGCGUCCACACCGGCGAGAAGCCCUUCCCCUGCCCCUUCCCGGGCUGCGGCAAGGUCUUCGCCCGCUCCGAGAACCUCAAGAUCCACAAGCGGACUCAUACAGGAGAGAAGCCUUUCAAGUGUGAGUUCGACGGCUGCGACCGGAAAUUUGCGAACAGCAGCGACCGGAAAAAACACUCUCACGUCCACACCAGUGACAAGCCAUAUUUCUGCAAAGUCAGAGGUUGUGACAAAUCCUACACGCACCCGAGCUCCUUGCGGAAGCACAUGAAGAUCCAUUGCAAAUCCCCACCACCUUCCCCGCCCCCGGGGCCUCACGGCUUGCAGCCCGCAGGGACCCCGCUGGGGGCCCCUCUGUCCCCUCUCCAGGAGGGCAGGACCUGCCCCACCAACCUUUCUCCUCAGGUGACCAACCUCAACGAAUGGUACGUCUGCCAGGCCAGUGGGGCGCCCAACCACCUCUACAAGCCCUCAAGCAGUGCCACGUCCUCCGAGGAGGAAGAGGAGGAGGAGGAGGAAGAGACUUAUAGGAACUCUGAGGCCAGGACUAUUCACUAAAAUUGAG